AAUCCAAUCAUAUCAGAAGACAAAAACCGGGCAUCCAUCCGUCCAUCCAAAGCCCAGUGCCAUAGCAUAGCUAAAAACAAAUCUCUUCCUCAUCCUUCUCCUCCUUUUCCCCCUUUUCGCCAAUGCUAUCUACAGACUUGAGAAUCGGAUCCAGCCCUGCAAAUUGCCUUUUCUAAAUUAUCUUCCAGCCAUCCCUGGCGACUCUGCAAUAUUUUUCGUUAUUAGGCUUUCGUUUGGUUUCGUUUUUAGAUUGUAAAUUUGUGUCAGAUAUGUCGUCGUUUACUCUGAUGCCAGAUCUGGACACGAUGGUGGUUUACCCUGAGCCGCUCUCCAAUUACUGCCCCUACUACUAUGGUGGGAUCGAUGACGACCACUUCGAUCGCUUACCGGACUCUCUGUUGCUUCUGAUCUUCAACAAGAUCGGCGACGUCAAAGCCCUCGGCCGUUGCGGCGUCGUCUCGCGCAGGUUCCACUCCCUGGUCUCCCAAGUCGAGAGCGUCGUCGUCCGAGUCGACUGUGUCGUCUCCGACGACGACGACUCCUCGUCCUCAGCCGCCGGCUCCUCCGACAAGUCCCGCGGCGGGGGACCCUUCUCAGGCCUCUUCCGGCUAGUCUUCGGCGGGAUUGUGAAGCCGCUCCAGGCCCUCGGCCAAUUCCUAGGUCCCAAGAGGUCGUCCGGCUCCGGCUCGUCGGCCGCGCUGGCUGUCGGUGCCGGUGAACUUGAUCAGGGCGGCGGCGGGGGGGUCACCCACCACUCGCCAACUCAAGUUCUCAAGAAUUUCCACGAGAUUCGAUUCCUCCAGAUCGAGCUUCCCAGUGGCGAAUUAGGUAUCGAUGAUGGCGUGUUGCUCAAGUGGAGGGCCGAUUUCGGAUCCACGCUUGAUAAUUGCGUGAUUCUGGGUGCUUCCUCCGUGAUUUACCCAAACCCUAGUAAAAAUUUGCUGGUGCCACAAGACGGAAAGUGCGAUGAUGGGUUGUUUUGUAAUCCCAAUCCUAACGCUAAUGCUAAUUCUAAUAAUAAUGGUGGUGGUGGUGGUGAUGAUAAUGGCAGCAUUCCCGACUCGUUCUACACAAAUGGGGGCUUGAAAUUGCGAGUUGUGUGGACAAUCAGCUCCUUGAUUGCUGCCUCGGCGAGGCAUUACUUGCUUCAGCCCAUAAUUGCAGAGCAUAAGACUUUGGAUAGCUUGGUAUUAACCGAUGCCGAUGGGCAAGGAGUGUUGUGUAUGAAUAGGGAUCAGUUGGAGGAGUUGCGGGUGAAGCCCUUAUCAGCUUCUUCUGCGUCAAAGAGAACCCUUGUUCCAGCCCUGAAUAUGAGGCUUUGGUACGCCCCACAGUUGGAAUUACCCGAUGGAACGGUGCUCAAGGGGGCAACACUGGUUGCCAUUAGGCCUAGUCAUGAGCACAAGGAGGUGUUGGAUGGAUCUUCUUGGGUCUCGGCUGCGGCUUUUCCAGAGCCUUAUGGCACGGCUGCUAAGAUGCUGGUGAAAAGGAGAACUUAUUGUCUUGAGAUGAACUCCUUCUGAGACCCCAAUAUACAUAUGCAUUUUCUGAGGGAAGGUGUAAUUCAUUGAGGAAGAUGGAUUAACAUAUUCAGAAGGCAAAGAAUGCACAAUUUUGUAUUGCACAUAGAUGAUCCUUUGAUUGCCGUGUUCCAUCAGGCGGCCCAACCAUGCUGCUUCCAAUGAACAAGUCGUUCCUUGGUUGUGAUUAUGAACCGUGGAAUCUGUCCCUUUCUGUGCUUGAAUUGAUGGAUGGAUGAAAUGCAUGUGUUCUUGUUUUUUUAUUUUGGGCGUAGGCUAUAAGAGAGAGUGGUCGCGAUCUAGCAGAGAUGAAUUUUGUAAGAGCUUUCAACCUCUCCGGUUGUAGCCUUUACAUUUCUUAAUCGUCUCCAUAUAUGUGAAUAUAUAUAUAUAUAUAUAUAUAUUGUAAGUAUGAGACAUUUUCUGCUUUAAAUGAGCAGUGUACUUUAUGUCUAGCUUGUAUUUUAAAUAGCUAACGCUUACUUGCUGCUGUAAA